AUGCUGGUGAGGUCUUUAGCCUGUCUUUCGUUCAUUUUAUCGGUAGUAUCUGCGUAUCCGCCAACCACGACAAUCAGUCUAACGGUCACUGAUACAUCCUAUUACUGUCCCUGUUCAUCUGAGACAGCAUCUGCUUCAUGCACGGAAUGUACUGUUUCCACCUCUGAAAGUUCAUCCGUUACUACCACUUCCACGUCUCAGGAAUGCACCGAAUGCAAAACCUCUACUGAGACUAGGUGCACUGAGUGUAUUAAAUCUGAGAGCGAGACAAGUAGCUUCACUCAUGGAAGCUCAUCGACAACAACAUCGACUAUAUGCACAGAAUGUACGAAAUCUGAGAGCAAGCCGUCAAGUAGUACUACAAGCUCGAGUACAACCAAGAGUUCUUCGACCAUCUCGACAAGUGAAGGUACAAGUAGUGCCAGUACGUUCGAGAGCUCACCCACUCCAAGCUCUACCACUAGCGAAACUACGUCCGAAAGUUUAUCGACAACCUCCAGCACUAGCUAUUCUACGUCGCAUAAGCCAUCUACGACUUCUAGCUUCAGUGGAUCUACAUCAUAUGGGCCUUCUUCAUCUUAUAGCACCAGUGAAAUUUCAUCUCCGAGUUCAUUGACUACUUCAAGCAGUAGUGGAUCCACAACUCACAGCUCGUCCAGCAUCAGUGAGACUACUUCGAGCAGCGGAUCUACAUUUAAAAGUUCAUCCUCGUUUUCAAGCAGCAGUACCUCCAGUACCAGUGAGACAGCACCUCCCAUUUCUUCUACUACUCUCACUAUUGAAUCAACUUCUCAAAGCUCCUCUGCGAUAUCUAGCACUACUGAGAGCUCAACUCAGAGUUCAGCGACUUCCAGUACCAGUGAAAGUACACCUUCAGGUUCUUCCGUGAUUUCCAGCACUAGUUAUACCUCAUCACAUGGUUCAUCUUCAACUUCGACCAGUGCAACUCCAAGUUCGUCGGCUCAAAGCUCAUCCAUCGCCGGGAUAACUUCUUCCGAAUGUACGACUUGCCGAGAAGUAUCCACUCCUGUGAUCACUUCUGAAACAUCUACUGUAUCCAGCACUACCACUGAAACUACCUGCCCCACUUGUUCCACAAUUCCGAGCUACACUACUGGAGUUUGCAGUGACUAUACCACAACUGUAACAAAAGAGCAGUCCUCACUCGUAACAGUAACAGAGACUCUCGUUCCUGGUUCACAAAACACUGUCACCAAGACCGAGAUUACGACGUACACGGCUGAAGUCAAUCGAAGUGGUAGCACCUGCCAGGUGAUCACAGUCACGGAGAGCUUGACAGUCACAGAGACCAGUACAGCUACAGUUUCAAACACAGGGUGCAACGCAGCGAGUGUUAUAACCUCGACAGAGAGUUGUCAGAAUCCAGUUACGACACGCACAGAUAUCACUACAUCAACUAUCAUCAUCAGCUCCACAACCGUUGUACCCAUCGAAUCAACUGUGGUCAAAGAGAUAUGCACUGAAACUGCAUCAACCUUAGUUUCGUUCGUUACAACGGAAACACCAGUCUUCCCAACUACAAUAGACUUUACCAAUGUCGUUUUGACCACUUCGGACGUUCUAAUCACUAAAACGACUCAGUCCUUUAUCACAGUAGUUCAAAGUCUCACGACCAAUAUUCAAAUCACCUCUGCUGGUCCAACUCCAAAUGUAUCCUCCUCUACUCUCGCAGCCUCAGGCUCCCUUCCCAGCACUGUACCAACCAUAACUUACGCUGGAGAAGCUAUCAGCAACAAGCUUUCGUUCAUGAUUCUACUACCUCUAUUUCUGCUGUUCUAG